AUGCAUGAUUUGUAUGAGGGUGUUUGUCAUUAUGAUAUGUGUCAUAUAAUUAAAUAUUUUAUCAACACAGCUAAACUAUUUACUUUAGAAACAUUGAAUAAACGAAAAUCAAAUUUUAACUAUGGCCCAAUAGAGUUUGGUAAUAUUUCUCCCGAAAUUUCAAUUAAUCAUUUGAAUAAUUGUCGUUUGAAGAUGUCUGCUAGGGAAGUAAUGACAUUUAUACAUUUUUUUCCUCUUAUGGUAGGAGAUUUAGUGCCAGAAAAUGAUGAAGUUUGGUCAUUUUUUUUAAUAUUACUCAAAAUUGUUGAUAUUUUGUUAUCAUACACUUUUAAUGCAGAUGCAAUUAGUUAUCUUAAACAAUUAAUAUCAAAACAUAACAAUCAAUAUAAUCUACUUUUUAAUGACACCCUAAAACCAAAACAUCAUUUCUUAGUUCAUUACCCAACUGUUAUAGAAUAUUCAGGUCCUCCUCGAUUGUAUUGGUGUUUUCGAUUUGAGGGAAAACAUAAAGAAAUGAAAAUCACAUAUGAUUUCAGUGGCCCACCCAUAAAUAUUACAAAUGUGGCAAAUGGUAAAAAAAUGCUUAGAUUAAAAGAGUUUUAUUAA